AUCUAGUGAAUUUUAUUUUCAAAUAGUUGACUUUGCGUACGUUGAAACGUUUCCCUAACUUCAGUGUGUUUGCUCUUCCAAUGAUAAGAUAUCGUAGUAAAGAAUUUUGUGCCAAGUCAGAUCCCGUAGAACAUGUUUAGGUAUGAAUUUAUUUAGUAAUAUUUGUCAUACAAGAACUGUUCUACAUGCGAACGCUAAGAGAGAAAAAGUGAAAUCCAAGAAAGUAUUCGUACGCACACACAAGCGACUAAGUUGACCACGCGACGCAGGAUUACUUGAAUGUUGAAACACUAGUCUAGAAAUUUCUGAUUACAAGACAAAUUUUUCACAGAACAGAGACACAAAAUUGCAGUGAGAGAAUAAUAAAGCUUCUGAGCAAAUCUGUAAAAGUCUGUUAUGUGUUUAUACGUAUAUAUAUUUAUUUAAAAAGAAAGUGUAUAAACAUAAAUACAACAUGGCUAAAGUACCAAUUCGAAAACCAAAACGAGCUACUCUGCUCACUAAGAGAUCAGUGUGUUUGGGAAAAAAGUUCAGAGAGAAAUCACACAAGCUAUUAUAUGAGAAUGUGAAAAAGAACAACAGCUAUCUUGCUAAGGCUCUUUCACACGAGAAGCAGAACAAUCAGAAUUUGUUUAAACAGAAUCUUAGUUUAUUUGCCGAGAUUCAAAAUUUGAACUUAACAUGCACCAAACAAACUAGUAUAAUUACUAGUAUUCAAAAUAAUGCAAAAGAAAUGCUCAAAAUGUUGGUUACUAUGUCCAGUUUUUUAACCAAUACUCUUACUAUGUGUCAAGAGUUUGUUACCUCUAAUAAUAAUGCGAGGUUGUCAUCUGUUUCAACAGGAAGAAAAGAAUCGUCAAAAAAAUCACCAAAAUCACCAGCCAAAGGAGUGGUGAAACCUAUGGUGAGUGGGCACACCAUUACAAAACCCACAAUUAAUUUGAGUCGAAUUAAUACAGAAAAUAUUACUAACAUAUCAAGGCUGAGUAUCGUACAAGAAGUACUUACACCUGAAAGAAAUGAGGAAAAUGAGAAUAGAUCAUCAAUCACUACACCUUUUGCUACUUCACCACUUAGAUAUGAAAAUAAUCGUAGAAUGCCGGAAAGAAUGAGAAUUUCUUCGCCCAGAGUUAGUGAUGCAGAAACGGUAAAUAAUGAGCAAAGAAAACAAAAGAGAAGUCGCCAUUCAAGAAGAAUGGGAUCUUACACUCGAUUGGAAUCGGAAAGAUGGUCCGUUGAUGAAACUCCAAGACAUAGCAGGGAUCGUAUAAGUAUAGGUAGUCCUAGAGUCAAACUCAGAGAUGUUUCAAAAUUACUACAAGAUUCGCGAACAAUUAACAUUAGAAGAUUAAUUGGCAGCAGAAUUGAUGACGUUGAAAUACAGGAGAGCAGCAAUGACGUAUCUCAAGAUACGUUAGAGAGAAAUGUGAUAACAGAGACAGAAAUGUCCGUUAAUGUAAAUGAAGAAAAUGAAUCGUAUCUACAAACACCGAAGACGGAUUCCGAUGCAAAAACACGCAAAGUCUCUGAAAAAGAAGCCUUCAACGAAACUUUAUACACAGCAGGCAGUUCGAGAAAGAAUAAUAGUAGAGAUUGGGAGGAUGAUCCACUGGAAGGUCCAAGUUGGCUGUUUAGUAACACUUUAAACAUGCCGUCGCCGGAUAACGAGCCGGAAGAGUUGGAUCGUUCGCAUAAUUUUGAUGUCAAUAAUAAUUCUGAAAUAGCAUAUGCUGAAUCGAGCGAUACAGAUAGCAUAGAAGAUCAGUCAAGAAAUUCGGUCGAAUCCGUGAACGUAUCUAAUACGUCAUCGACAGGAAGUGUAAAUGCAUCUGUUAUUAAUCAUGCUGGAUGUGAAUCCUCUUCGAUGGAUGACAAUAAUACGGACAAUAAUAUUUGCGAAACAAUGUCAACCAUAUUUGAUCGUGAAAGAGUAAAUGACGCGCAUGACAGCACGAGUUUCGAGAGCUUUAUUACAUAUAGAAGAGGUCAUUCCGAAGUUGUAGAAGAAGAAGAAGAUGAUUUUACGUUAAUGUUGACAUGUCCGUCGCCACAAAACUUUGCGCUCAUCAGCGAUCUACAACUACCUGACGAGGAUAACGUGACAGAUUCCGCUAGAGAGAAUGGUAUCGAUAACGCAUCAUUGAUGAAUAUUCCGUCUGUACUGAAUGAAACUGAACACGCUCAAAUAAAACAGCCGUUAAUUCUAGUCAAUAAUGAUGAGAUAACGUCUAACAAGAAGAAGCAGCAAAUAAAAAAUAAUAAGAAUAAAAAAUCGAAAACAUCGAAAGUGAAAGAUGAAACUGAUCAGAGCGAAAAUGGGCCGAGACUUACGAAAAAGGCGAAGCAGAAAAUCAGUUUGGAAAGCAAUCGGGAUCCGAGCGCGGCAAAAGUUGUUUUGGAGAAACUUAAUGAGUCUCAUAUUAAACCGAGAGUAUCGUCAGACGACGAUAUGGAAUUUAGAAGAAUCAAUGAUUACACAACAGAUAUGGAUAAUCACGGGGACAGUCAAUCAUUAGAUUCGGAAAACCAACGUCCCAAACGAAGAAACACGCCAAUAACUUUUAAAGAACCCAGUCUCAGAAAAAAACUGAGACGAGACUAAGCCGAACAAGGAUAAUGUGAAAGUCAACUUGAAGGAAAAGGGAAAAAAAACUAAAAAUUUAUAUAGAAAAUUGGAAAAAACCAAACAUAAAAGUGAAAAAAGUA